AUGGAGAAGGCCACGCCGCCGUGGUUCCAUGUGCUGGCGGCGGCAGCCGACGUGCCGCUAUCGUUGGCGCUGGAGCUGGGCGACCAAAACCGGGACGAGGCGUUACCCACGGCAGACGUGAACGGCAAGACAGUGCGGCUGUUCGAGUGCCUCUUCUGCAACAAGACGUUCCUCAAGCCGCAGGCGCUCGGCGGCCAUCAGAACGCGCACCGCAGUGAACGCGCCGCCGGCUCCAGAAACCCCUACCACGACGGCCCAAUCGGAGGCGCCGCGUCCACGGGGCGGCGGUGGGACUCUGGCACCGGCCGGUCUAUGCAUUGCACGUCCAUCGCUUCGCACGGCGGUGCCACGGCGGCGCCCCACAGGCCCGUCGUUCUACGCUUGCCCGAGAACGCGCUUCACCUCCACUGGUUCCCCAGCCGCGACGGCGAGGUGGGCACUCUCAGCUUGUCAAGGGCCUCCGUCCCAAGCGGCGCUGGCAAGCCGCUGGACCUCGACCUCGAACUACGCCUCUAG